AGCCACGUUUUGCUUACGUGGCGCAGAAAACCAAUUCGAUUGGGUUGAAUGGUGCGACAUGUCGUGUUGCUUUAAAAACUGUCAAAGACAUAUAACACACUCUAUCGGUUUGAAAGUGUGAACGCAAGAAACUGCCCACCAAAAAAUCAAAAAGAAAAAAACAAAGCGAGGUGACUGGAUUGGAUUUGAUUGAAAUUUCAAACGAAAGGCGAAGCACAAAGUCGCAUAAGAAGCAAGAAGAAGAGGAUCAGAGAAGAAACCAAAGAAACGAAAGAUACGCCGUCGAUGGAUCCCUCUCAGUAUCCCCACCACCUCACAAGGUACGCUUCUUCUUCUUCUUCCAAUCCCUACCCUUCCGACAACCCUUCAAAUUUCCCAAACUACUCUCACCGCCACCACAACACCAACCACCACUACACACACCACCACCACUCACAACAACCACCACCACCACAGCAACUCCUCCAACCUCCACCCCCUCCACCACCGCCCCAAACGUCGCCGUAUAACUCUCUCCCCCCACCGCCCCUGCCCCCGCCCCCGCCCCCCCCACAUCCUUACAACCCCAACCAGCCCCAACUCACCUUCGAACCCGAACGCUCCAGAACCUUCCUCCCCCUUCACGACUACCCCGUCUCCUCCCCUCGGGUCGCCCAUUCGGAGCGCCCUCGCCACCACCGAUUGCUCCAAUUUGAAUCGCCCUACGUCGAAUCCAAUCCCGUUUCUUGGGAUUCUUCAAGGGCUUUUCACGAUUACGAUCGUGAAUUGCAUAAACCCCAAUUUAGGGUUGAAUCAGAGGGUAGUGGUAGCGCUAGGUUUAGGGCUGACUACAAUGAACAGCUGCUCCGGGAACAUCGGGCCCCCGUGGACGACGAUUAUAACAGUCGCCGCCGUGCUCGUGCAGAACCCAGUUCCGAUGGAAAGUAUCGCGAAUUGGGGUUUGCGUCAAGCCAGAAUUUGAAUAGUCAUUUGGAUUCGAAUUCGGGUGGUUAUGAUGGCCGGUAUGAUGAGUUGAGGAGUGGUGGUAGGAGAGAUGAGGUGUAUGAGAAUAAUCAGAGAUGGGUUCAUAAUGAUAGAGAAGCUACUAGAGAGUUAUAUGAUCCAUUCGUGUUCGAUGAGGGUAACAGGGGCCGGAAUGUUUUGGCGAAACGGGAUUAUUAUGGUUCAGAAUCUGAAAGAGGGAGUGGUACUAGUAAUAGGAGGAAGCAGAUACAAAAGAAGAGUGUUUUACUCAGGCUUCAAACUGUGAAACCUAGUCACCGGAAUGGCUCUGCUUAUUUUGAUAAUUCUGGCUCUAGUUCCCACAGAGGGAAAGGAUACUAUGAGUAUUCGGGUCGCGAGAUGGGUGAAGUUGAGAAAGGUGCGAAUUCUUUGGAACUUGAUGUUUCUUUUAAAUCGAAUUCACUAGUGGCGAAGGCAGUUGGAAAUAGGGAUGUUAAGACAGAUUCAGUGUAUGGCAGGGAUUUCUCAAAUUUGAAACUCAGUAGAGACAGUGAGAAUGCUGCACCUGUACGUUUGCGAAGCUCCAUAGUUGUUGCAAAUAAGACAUCCAGUUCAGACAAGGACCCACGACAGUUGGAAGAGGAGGUGAACACUUCUGGUAUGGAGAAUAGGUGUGAUAUCGAACAGCCCGGUUCUAAUGUGAAUGGUGAUUCUUCUGGAAAGAGUGAAGUGGAAAGGGUUACAAAGGGUAACACAAAGGGUAAGGUUUUACAAAGAGAUGGUAAAAAGGGUGUUUCUGCUCAAAUGUCUUCUCUUAAGGUUACUAAGAAGAAAAAAGUGGUGAAGAAAGUAGUGAAAAAGGUCGUAAACCCUCGUCCACAGCCAAAAAAGAAGAUUGAUGAACCACGGGCAGCAGAUAGCUAUAUUUGUAGCCCAUCUGCAGCCUUUGGGACUGAAAAGGGUGAAACCUCUUCACCGAGCAUGGUAUCGGAUGAACAUGGCACUGAUGCCAACUCUUGUAGUAAGAGCACUGGGAAAACUUCAACUUGUAAUUUGGGUUCUUCAAGUUGUGAAGAAAUUAAUAUUGAUCAGGGUUGUCUAACUGUAGAUGCUUCUGUCCAGGGCUUGCUUAAGAGUUCAAAUUUUACCAACAAUGUAACUGAUUCACUUAGGGUAGCUACUUGUCCAGAAACUGGUUGCGUUGUAGAUGUCAGCAAACAGAUAUGUCAGAGUGGAGACAGUUUAUCGCUUGAUAAUGUCAUACGAACAGAAUCAUCAGAGCCCAGAUUGUCUGUAGAAGGCAAUGCCAAUUCUGGUUUUUUAAGUUCAGAGAAAACUAUGAUGCAUGGAGACAUUAUGAAUGUAAAUGGCUCUGGCCAUGGUGCAGAAACCAACUUGGAUAUUGAUGGUGGUAUAAAAGUAUCUUAUCAAGAAGUCAUGGUUCAUAACAUUGGUAAUGUGGAUGCCAUCAGCGAGCAACCUUGUACACAUCAGCUCCCAACAUCACUACAAAUUGGUUCUGUGGAAGAACUUCCAAAGGCUAUAUCUGCAGCAGAAAGCAGCAUAACUGUUGGUUUAUCAAGUUCGGGGAAGACCUUUGCUGUCUGCUCCGAUGAUGGUAGAGGUACCACGUGGAACUCUGACAAAGUUAGUACUAAUUAUGAUGAGAAUAUUAUUGUUCCUAAUGGUGGGAAUGCCGAUUUUGUCGGCACGCAAGCAUCUGCAGAUGGUGCCUCCAGAUUAUUUGUUAGUUGUGGCACCGAAAGAUCUUCAAAGAUUGCAAAUUCAGUUGGAGAUCGGAAGAGUGUUACAUUCAAGAUUAAAAAGAAGAGAAAAUUUAGGACUCUGUUAGACUCUUCAAGGGCCUCCAACACUAUUGUAGAGCCUAAAAAUGUUUCUGCCCAUGAAAAUUCUGUGGAUACGGCAGUAAGUUCAUCCCUGAAGGAUGCUAGUCAUGCAGAAGUUGCUGUUUCUGGUGUUGAAAAGUUAGAUAUUGGCUCUCAACCUGAUAAUGACGGGGUCAGUGUUCUGCGUGGGAACAGCUCACUAGAUGGGAUUUGUGAGGCUAAGUUAUCAGCUAGAAGUGAUGUUAACUCUGAUCCUGAUGAGACUUCUCUGAAGUAUAUAAAGAGGAGAAAAGUAUCCACCUCUCAUCUGGUAGGGACUACCUCUCAAACCAAUGAUGGACCUGCAGAUAAGUCUACAUCUUAUGCAGAAGCACCUUGGACUAACGAUGAUCCAACACAAGAAGAUGAAGUUACUGCUUCCAGCAUAGGUUUUCUCUCUGCUAAUGCUAAUUUAAUUCCUUCUCAAGAGGGAAGCACUGUAUUAUUUGUGGAUGAUUUAGCGGCUGUAUCUGCAGCUAGGGAUGCCCUUACUAAUGAUGGUAUGAACUUUGAGCACCAAGGUGUUGAAUCAUGUACAAUUUAUGAAGAAUCAGUUCCGGAUACAUCGUUCCUUUGUCCCUCACCAUCGAGGAAUGAACAGAAAGAGGCUAGCACUCAAGCUCUGGUUGUAAAUAGCCCUCAGCUUGACAUUAUGGACGUAGAAAGUAACCUAGAAGAAAAUUUUGGUAUAUUUUCAACAGCUGAGCAAGUUAUGAUGCAAGGCGAGACUGCUUCAUGCAGCGUUUCUUCAGAAGUCCAGCCUCCAGACUCAAGCAAUAAAUUUUCCUGCACAGAUAUGGAAUCAAAUUAUGUCUCUGUGAAGGAGAAAUUGCCCAUUGCGUCAAAUUAUCUGUUGUUAUGUGCCAAUAACAAUGAAGUAUCUACUACUAACUCUAAUGAUGAAGGAACGGAGUUUGUGCAUGAUACAGUAUCAGAUAAGGGUUCUCCAGAAACUUCAACUGAUGUCCCUUACUUGCAGAUGCUACCUUGUAGUCCAUCAGUUAUCAAAAUUUCUGAUGAAAAAGCUGGUGGGGACCAGCAAUUGGAUUUGAAGUCUGUGGUUGAAGGUGGUUCCAAUGCAUCUGCUCAAAAUUCAUCAUCAGGUGGUACCAAAUCAGUGAUGGGGAAGUCAGUAGCUUUACCUUUGCAAAAUAUCAAAAAGGCAACUCAUGGUUCGAAUCUAGUAAGCACAGAAUCUGGUUUGAAGAACCAGCUGGGUCAAGCCACUCGUGGGAUUGUGCCAGGUCGUUCAUAUUCGGUCUCUUCUACCUCAAUGAAGACUGCCUCUUCAACUCAUAUUGCAAAGCCUCGGACUUGGCAUCGAAAUGGUAAUUCAUCUUCAUCUCCUCUUCCUGUAAGCAUGCCUUUAUCUAGUACUGUUCCACCCCAAAGGCAGUUGCCACAAAGGAAUGGAAAAUUUCAAAGUAAUUCGUAUGUGCGUAAAGGUAACAGCCUUGUUAGAAAACCUCCAGUCGCUGCUCUGCAAAGCUCCCAUGGGUUUAGUUCAGCUGUUUAUCAGUUGAACUCUUCAGGUAUAGAUGGUUUGAAGAAGAAUGCAGGAUCUGACAGUAGGAUUGAUGUGAAAAUGCCUCCAAGUCUCAUGAGAACUGGAGAAAUGAAUGCUCCUUUUGAUAGGCCGACACCCCAACUACCUUUGGCACCCAUAUUAUCUACUUGUCCUGCCAUCUCUUUCGGGGUUCGUGCAUCAUCCCCAGUGUCUGAGCCUCUUAGUGGUGAAACCAAGUUAGAUCCUAUGAAUUCUUUGGACACCAAAGAUGCACAAACAUUUGCCAAGGACUCACUGACAAUUUCUGAAACUCAGGAAAAUCACAGUGGUUCGCUCAAUAAUUUGGAAAACCAGAAUGUACUGCAUGAUGAGAAUUUGGCACCUCCAAAUACCAAGAAGAUUGUAAAUGGAAAGUGCACGUUAAAUCAGUUGGUUGCAACUUCAAAUCCUUGUGACCUUCCGGUCCACAGUACUGAUAAGAUCCAGCACUCCUCUGAUGGUUACUACAAGAGGCGCAAAAAUCAGCUAAUCAGGACAUCCUUGGAAGGUCAUGCUAUCAUGCCUGAUGACAAUUUAAACUUACAGCUGCAAAGGGUUCCUAAGAUUGUCCCCAGAAGAACAUAUGGCAAGAAACGAUCACACAAGGCUGUUGCAAAGACAAGUAAAAUUGGAAAAAACUCUUUGGUGUGGACACCGCAUGGUACACAGUCAUCAAACAAUGAUGGUGGUUCACUUAACCAUCAGGUAGUGCCUUACCUGUUUCCAUGGAAAAGAGCAAGACACUGGAGGACUUUCAUGCAAAGUCAGGCUUCCAGUUUCAAAUAUAGUUCCGUACCCACAAUCAGUAAGAAACUGCUGCUGUCAAGAAGGCGGGAUACUUUGUACACUAAGUCAACUCAUGGAUUUUCGCUUAAAAUGUACAAGGUAUUAAGUGUUGGUGGGGCCAGUUUAAAAUGGUCAAAAUCCCUUGAAAGGCAAUCAAAGGAAGCUAAUGAGGAAGCUACACGUGCUGUUGCUGCAGUGGAGAAGAAGAAAAGAGAACACAAUGGUGCUGCAUGCAUUAGUUGGGGUCUAAGUUUAGAAGUAAUUUGUCAGAUGCAUGACAUUUCUUGCUUGUGGUAUACCUUCAAUGUGUUUCCACAUGGAAAACGUAUAUUUCGCAUUGGUUCUGUCCGGUACAAAAUGGAUCCUUCAAGGCGAACACUAAAAAGGAUUUCAGAUGACGAAUCGUCAAGCUCUGGUGUGCUCGAUCCUGAAAAGGAUCCCAAGAGAUCUUAUGUUCCAAAGAGACUGGUGAUUGGCAAUGAUGAAUAUUUGCGGAUUGGCAAUGGUAACCAGCUUAUUAGAAAUCCGAAGAAGAGAACUCGCAUAUUGGCUAGUGAAAGAGUUCGAUGGAGUUUGCACACGGCCAGACUUCGGCUGGCAAAAAAGCGGAAGUACUGCCAGUUUUUUACAAGAUUUGGGAAGUGCAAUAAGGAUGAUGGAAAAUGUCCCUAUAUCCAUGACUCCUCUAAAGUUGCAGUCUGCACAAAGUUUUUGAAGGGUUUAUGUUCCAAUCCCAAUUGCAAAUUGACUCAUCAGGUCAUUCCUGAAAGAAUGCCGGACUGUUCUUACUAUUUGCAAGGUUUAUGCUCCAAUCAAAAUUGUCCUUACAGACAUGUGAAUGUGAAUCCAAAGGCAUCUACUUGUGAAGGAUUUCUUAAGGGCUAUUGUGCUGACGGGAAUGAGUGCCGGAAGAAGCAUAGCUAUGUUUGCCCGUCCUUUGAAGCUACUGGAACCUGUCCACGAGGGCCUAAAUGCAAGCUUCACCACCCCAGAAACCGAGCAAAGGAAAAGAAAAGAAAACGAUCAAGAGAACACAGAAAUACUUGGGGCCGUUACUUUGUUUCCAAGGAUAUCACUGUUUCUGAACCGAGAACAGUGUCUGGAAAGCAGUCUGCACAGAACAGCGAUGACAUAAUUGUUGAUGGAGUCGCUGAUUUCAUUAGCAUUGAUGUUAGUGAUGAGGAGGUUGGAGAAACUAAUGAUCCAAUACAGGAGCAAGCUGCAUAUUGUGACAGCGAUUCGUCGGAAUUGGAAUUAGAUGAUCUUGAUGAGCUGAUUAAACCAAUUCGUUUACUGGAAAGGUUGAAGACAAAUGCUUCAUGACAGACGCAGCUCAAGAGGGGACAACAUGCGACGAGCUAUGGUAUGCAGUAAUUAGUCUGUUGUAGGUAAAUUUUGUUUUCCCUAACUUUGAUUCUGCAAUGGCGAGUAUGACCGCCAUUGCAUAGGAACACAUACAGAGUAUUAUACUGGAAAUAAAAGAGCAGGUGCAGGAGAAUCCGCCGUUCUUACCGGAAACCCGGGGCUGGUCUAGCCAAUCCAUCGUCCUCAGAUGUACCGGCGGCCUGCACUUUUGUUAUAGGUUUUUAUUUGUUUUCUUAUCUAGGGAAUUGAGAUUUUUUUUUCUUUUAGCUUUUUCCUCCCUACUAAAUUGUAUACUGUACAUUUGCAACACUAUCAAGUUUUUAAUAAGAAAAUAUUGCAUUUAUGUUUUCA